AUGAACAGCAUCGUGAAUUUGUUUACUAAUUUUAAGGGCUUCUACAGCGAGAUCAACGGUGCCACACUAACCGGCGCCAUCGAUGUGGUCGUUGUCCAGCAACCGGAUGGAUCCUACCUUGGUUCUCCGUUUCACGUGCGCUUCGGCAAGCUCGGAGUCCUUCGCAGCCGGGAAAAGGUUGUCGACAUCACGGUGAACGGGGAACCGGUCGAUUUGCAGAUGAAGCUCGGUGAAUCGGGUGAGGCAUUUUUCGUGGAAGAAUGCGCCGAAGAUGACGUCGAAGUGCCGGCACACAUGGCCACCUCACCCAUACCGACGCAUUCCUUCCUGAGCGAUGAAGCCGGAGGGCCGAGUUUCCUCAAGGAUGUUGGCCAGCUGGCUGGAGGUGAGACGAGUGGUCCCACUGGAGGAGGCCCGGGAGUUGGAUCGGUGACGGAAGUGGGCGAGGAAGCGGUCAAACUGAUGGUGACACGAGCGGAAGACGGUGUAGACGUGCAGGAGGACAUGCUGCCACGGUUGCGCCGUAAUUCCGUCGAUAUGUCCAACGAAAAUGGUGAGCUGGAGCGGGCGAAGUAUGAAAACCAAAGAUCCGAGUACAGCCACCGGCGGCACACGGACAACGUGACCAACAGGCCGGAUCUGUCACUGACGAAGAAGGAGUACACAAUGCAGAAACUGCGCCAGGAAUGGACCGCCGCUACGGAAGCUGCUGAGCAGGAGCAGAUCUUCCAUCUAGAGGGGUUAGACAACGCGCCACUUGAGGGAGAAGGAAGUGGUGGAUCGGUUAGUGCGGAGGUGAACAGUAGCUGGAAGAAUAGCACACCUCUCCCAACGUCCACCGUCGACGUAAAUGCUCCUGAAAUGGAAGAGGAGAAGCACUUUAAACCGAUCGAUGCUCAACCCACCACCGAAAGUGGCAAUAGAACUGGCCAGGCUACCGAUUUGGCCUCUGUCGUGGUACAGAGCGCUGCGGGAGAUGCCGCUGGUGAUUCGAAAUCGAAAAAGAAACGCAGGAAGAAGUCGGUCAUGAAGAAGAAAAACUCACAACGUAAGAAUUCCGCCAGUAGCAGUUCCGGGGCUGGAUCGAAUCAUUCCGAUCCGAAUGAAGGCACGGAAACGGACAGUUUAACGGCGUCCCAGGUGACGGUUUCGUCGACGAGUGGUAGCUCCUUGCCGAAGGAGGACACGGCGACUGAGGAACCCGUGGCGGAAGAAGCCGCUCCAACGAAGGAAGGCCGCGAUAGCCCGGAACUAAGUGGACCAGUGAUGUCUUCUAGCCACCACGCGGAGCUGGACAUUCACUUUUUCAGCGAUACGGACAUUGGAACGGGUGUCAGCCCGCAACAGUCGCGUCCUUCCACGCCGAUCCAGAGCGAUACGGAGUUCGAGAUGUCACAGCGCGAAAAACCACUCACCGAGGACGAACGGUUGAUGUACGGUAACUCCUGGAACUGGGGCGAGCUUCCGACACAGGUGGAACCGAACGGAAACGAUGCCGAGGGCGUUAAGCAGGCCCAACACAACUCGAUGCUGAACGGACUGAUGAGCUUGAUGAAGUACAACAACAAGAAAAAGCGCCAAAGUGUGCCGGAUGGGAUGUACCUGUCGGAUCUGGACAAGCUGAAUGAGCCGGAGAUCGCGCAGCUGUACUUUCCGACGUUUUCGAAGCUAAAACACGAGCAGCAGCAGCAGCAGCAAGGCCAAACGGCUAGUGGUGAUGAUGAGGAUCGUGAGAGUGGAAAUGGGACGUCGAUUCCGCAAAGUCCGACAUCGAUGGAAGGUCCUGGUGGUAAGGGAAUUGAUUCGGAUUUUGAUGAGCGUGAUCAUCUCACCGCGGUUGGGGAGGAUGAGAAGCUGCGAGCCGGUGAGGACAUGGUUGAUCAAUCGAUCAAUUCGUUUGCGUUGUCGCUGUGUGGUGGAUUGGAGGAUCAGCAAGGACCGUCGGAUGAGCAGUUCGAGCGGCACCGUUUGCAGUACGCCAAUGUGUUGGCCGAUCCGAGGGUGUUUAAAUCACCCGAUCUCGUGGUGCGCAUUAACGGGAAGUACUACAGCUGGGAGGUGGCGUGUCCGCAGGUUAUGACGAUCCUUGCGUUUCAAUGUGGGUUACCGGAUCAGCUGCUGGUGAGCAGCAAAGGGGCUGGAGGUGUGGAGACGGAUGGUUCAAAGAAGGAUGUAACGUUGCAGAAUCAGCAACGGCCGGAGCAGCAGCAAGCCCAACAACCGCAAGCAAACGCCGGUGGACGUUGGUGGUAUUGGCGUCGUUCGAAUGAAUCGAAACCAACCCCAGCCGGUGGAACCGAACUGGCUUUGACGCCUUCAUCUCCGACCGGAGCACAGGAUGAGCCCACCGGGGAAGGCCCUGACGGGAAGGUUUCGACAGCUGUUGCAACGCAAACGUCCCGUUCGAACUCGCCGGAUGAUGAGAGCCCGAGUCGGGGUGUUUCCGUUUCGGUGCCUGCGUACAAGAACACUUCAAAAACGGAGGAUGGCUACAAUGGGUCACUGUCGUCGGAAGAUUCGGAGCUAACGAUGGAUAAGUCCCUGCCGGUUGGUUCGCAUCUGGACAACAGUGCCGAGAAGCAGCUGGAUCUGCUGGGUUGCGGAGAAAAGUAUCGAAAAACGCUCCGGCUGUCGUCGGAACGGAUCGUUGAGCUGAACCUUUUGGAUGGGAUGAAUGAGAUCGAAUUCAGCGUAACUACUGCCUACCAGGGGACAACGCGGUGCAAAUGUUACCUCUUCAAGUGGCGCCACAACGACAAGGUCGUGAUUUCGGAUAUUGACGGGACGAUUACGAAAUCGGAUGUGCUUGGCCACCUGCUGCCGAUGGUGGGUAAAUCCUGGGACCAGAUUGGUGUUGCUCAGUUGUUCACCAAGAUUGAGGAAAAUGGGUACAAGAUGCUGUAUCUUUCGGCGCGUGCCAUCGGGCAAGCCAAAACCACACGUGGUUACUUGCAGUCGAUCCGCCAAGGAGACGUUAAACUGCCGGACGGGCCUUUGCUGCUUAAUCCUACGUCCCUGAUGUCGGCCUUCCACCGGGAGGUGAUCGAGAAGAAACCGGAGCAUUUUAAGAUCGCCUGUUUGAACGACAUCCGUGACCUGUUCCCGGAGCGAAACCCGUUCUACGCUGGGUAUGGUAACAGGAUUAAUGAUGUUUGGGCGUACCGAGCGGUGGGCAUUCCGACGGCCAGAAUUUUCACCAUCAACCCGAAGGGAGAACUGAAGCACGAUCUGACACAAACAUUCCAAUCGACCUACGCCAACAUGGCAUACAUAGUUGAUCAGCUUUACCCACCCAUCAAACACAUUGAGGAGGAAGACAACGAAUACACAAGCUUCAACUACUGGCGCGAGCCGGUGGCUGAGAUUGAUUUUGCUGCCUGUGACAUAUCCGGUUCCUCCUUGUCGUCCUCGAUUGCUGCCACGCAACCGUCUACGUCCGGAUCCCAACCAUCGGGCAAGAUCACUCCGACAGCGACGAUCAUGCAGCAAGCCCUGCCUACCAUUCCUGAAAACUAAACAAGCAAGAAAAACAAAAGCGAGAAAGAUCGUAGUCACUACUUCUUACCAACGCUGGAGUAAGCCAAAGGAAAUUAAGGAUACCCCCCCUUCUUCAUGCGCGCUGACAUGACGAUUGCCUCAUACCCCGAUCUCGCGCGUUGACAGGAUCUUCUUUUCAUUGUAGAAGAAAGGAGCGUAUGCAAAAACCAUACAGGAAAUGGAUGAUUAGGGUGUUGAUCGUUAGAUUUCUACGCAUCGAUAACAAUAUACAUAUACACAUGCAAGCUAGGCGUACAGUUAGGGUAAAUCAGAGUUCGUAUUAAUAAUAUCGUGCAUAUUAUGUCAUAGGCUUUAGUGCUUUCCAAUGACGCAGCCCAUCAAACCACAUUUGAUCGCGUUGCUUCCAGAGAUGAUUGGCUUUUGAGGGAUUGACUUUUGUUGGCGCACUGGAGGAAGCGCACCCAUGCUGGUGUUAUCAUUCCACCAGUGUCGUGCGCAAAACGCCCCCGCCAGUGAGUGAUCGAAGAAUGUGCAGGGAAAAGAAACAUAUGCAAAGCAUCAGAAUCGAAGCAGGCUUGGAAACGUUGAACGCAGCUAGGUGCAAUUGGUGGAUACAUCGGCGGUUAGCGAUACCGAGCGCAGUGAUAUAGCAGGAAUGGUCCUAUCGGGUGUGUGUGUGUAUGUGCUAUACUUUGAGAAGGCACUUUAAUUUGUGGGAAUAUUGCUUUGGUUCGCUUCGAAACGAUCCGUUUGUCAAUACGGGGCUCGCUGUUAGCUAAAGAGAAUCCACGCUAUUGGCUGUGGUGCUGUGUCGGCAGGAGACCAACAAGAGUAUGUGAUAAUUUUCUUUAUUUAUUUUGUUCUUUUUUUAGCAUUUCUUAGUAUGAUUCUUUUAUGUUUACGUAUAUCCUAAUGUGUAGGUAAUUUAACGCAUAAUGUUAUCGUAAGUGAACACUGAACGGUCGCAGUAGGUUAAGGCAUGGCAGCAAGGAUAGAUGAACGCCAAUCGAACUGAACAAUCGUUCCACAGUUGUGCUAUUAAGUUGGACACAAAAAAAGAGAGAUCAAUGCAAAAGCCGCCCUAUGUUAAGUACUUGCAUCUCGCCUUAUAUUUCGUAGGUGUCGACUUUUUUUAGUUUCCGUUAGCAACAAAAAAAAAGGCGCAAAGUGAGUUUUCUCUUGCAAUCUGUUUCGUAUUUAUGCGGCGUAUUUGUAGCAUCAUCAUCAUCAUUGUUUGAAGCAUCAUUUGUGUCUUCAAGCCGCUAGCUUAGAAAGAUAGUGAAUGUUGAAAAUGCAGAUAACGUGGGUCUGAAAUAGUAGCUUUUGCGUGCAAAAAUGCUAAUGGGUUGCGGAACUGUUAAUACAGUGUACGGCAAACCAUAA